CUGGCAUCAGGCCAAGAUAUCUGUCAUGUUGCGCUUGCAUAUCGCGUUGGCAAUGAAACUGCACGAAUGUGCAUACAUGUCACAUCUCGAUCCCUAUGGGCACGACUGAAGGAUCACUAUAUGAAGGCACCCAGCAGAGCUGAGUGGGAGGAGAUAGCCCAAGGCUUUUCCAUGCGGUGGCAGUUCCCCAACUGCCUGGGUGCCGUGGACGGCAAACAUGUCGCCAUUGUUUGCCCUCCUAACUCUGGCAGUGUCUACAUCAACUACAAGGGCACAUUCUCUGUGGUCCUUAUGGCCGUGGUCGACAGCAACUGCAAGUACACCCUCAUUGAUGUGGGAGCUGAGGGUCGCCUCAGUGAUGGUGGCACAUUCAAAAAUUCCGAGUUUGGACGUGCCCUCACUCAAGGAGACUUGGACAUACCAUCAACCAGUCUGCUUCCUGGCUGUGGAACAAAUGCACCAUAUGUUUUCGUAGGCGAUGAGGCUUUUCAGCUUCGCAAGGAUUUCCUUCGUCCUUAUCCAGCCAGACAGCUUGACGAUGAAAAGCGGGUUUUCAACUAUAGGCUAAGCCGAGCAAGGCGUUGUGCAGAGAACGCAUUUGGAAUUACAGCAGCCAGAUGGAGAAUUGUGCUGCGUACCAUCCCCCUGUGACCGAAGAAUGUGGACUUUAUUAUCAAGGCUGCUCGUAUCCUGCACAAUUUUCUCACCGUCCAGAACCCACAGUCACACAAGUUUGCCGAUGCAGAGGACAGCUUUGGCAAUCUCAUCACAGGGCAGUGGUGACAAGGUGCGCAAGAAGCAUCGGCAAACAGCUCGGAACCCCACUUCUUCCCAGUCAAGGCCACACAUUGCAGGAACUACCUCAGUGAUGCGGCAGCUGCCAGGAAUAUUUUCGCAGCAUACUUCUGUAGCAGUGCUAGGGAGGUUUCUUGGCAAUGGAAUCUGCCUGGGGUAUCAAAAGAAGCGCCUGUCAAGCGGCUACAGGAGCAGAUACUUCCGACAAUUCACUGAUGUGCUCGACUGCUUGCCGCAGGUUCCCAAAUACUUAGCGCAGCCGCUGCUGGCGCUUUUGACGUCGAGGCAGCUGUCGUAGACGAC